AAGCCGGUAUACUCAUUGACAUGCAAACACUGCUACAUGACCAUCUGUGCUCGAAGUAUGAAGGCGAUUUUAUUAGCAGAUACAAGAAUAGAGCUAUUCAGUACAGAUGCACCCUCACAAAGUAUGUGUGUCUUGGACAAGGAUUAUCUAACAAGAUCAUGUCAUUGCAGGAUUAGAGACGUAGCGUGUCUGAAAUGUGGCAAUAUUGUUGGUUACCAUGUAGUAUCACCAUGUGCUCAAUGCUUAGACGCAUGUAAUAAUGGUCACUUUUGGAUGUUCCAUUCAAAGGCGUGUGAUCCAGUGGAACGAAAAGACGAAAGGAGCAAUACCCUGUUUUGG